AUGGUUGACGCAGCCAUUGUCCACGGAGAGAACCAACAAGGAUACUUCUUCUCCGGCAGACGUUACGCCCGGGUCAAGUGGACCCCGUACGGUAGUGAUGAGGAGAUAGUAUUCGGCCCAAAGCAAAUCAAAGACUACUGGCCCGCGACAACCAAGGCCGGAUUUGGCAGAAUUGAUAGUGCGGUUGCCGUUCACGGCACCAAGGACGAGUUCUACUUUUUCUUCGGCGCCCGCGUUAUCCGUAUCAAGUUCAGCCCGGGAGGAGACGAUACCCUACUUGAGGGGCCUCUCAAAAUUACCGACAAGUGGAAAAGCCUUGUCUCUACACCUUUCGAUACGAUCGACGCCGCUAUCAAUCUUCCCGGCUCUUCGACUGAAACCUAUCUCUUCUCAGGAACGAAGUCCGUCCGGAUUGAUCUUAGCAAAGACAAGAUCAUCUACGGCCCUUACACCCUAGUUGACCAGUGGCCGGGGCUCACAAGCGCUGGGUUUGAUGCGGUCGAUGCCGCUAUUCCUGUUCCCAACGCUAAGGUGGAGGGUGAGCACUACGUCUUCAAGGGAUCCCAAUAUGUGAGAACCCAGGUUAUUCCUGGCGCCGCCGACAAGUUAACCUGGGGCCCGAAGCCAAUUGCCGACUUCUGGAAGUCUCUUGACUGGUCUUGA